ACAGUCGACAUCACAGACUUUCCUGCUUCUCAGUCUAACACAUCGAGUUCCUCUUUUACUCGCUCAAUUCCUCAAACGCAUCUCGCUGUUCAUCACCGAGUGAAUUUUUUUGAACCAACAACAAUCUUAUUUUUCCACGUUUCGAAAAAACAAAACAAAAUGGCUCCAGUUGUGACUCUCGAUUUCGCCAGUGAGACCCCCAUCUCCCGCACUGUCCAAUACAAAAAGGUUACAAAACCAUUGUUGGAACGACAACGCCGCGCCAGAAUCAACCGGUGCUUGGAUGAAUUGAAAGAUUUGAUGGCCGGUGCUUUGGCCGCCGAACACGGCGAAGCCGGCAUGGCAAAAUUGGAGAAAGCCGACGUCUUGGAGUUGACUGUUCGCCACUUGCACAAGUUGCGCCGCGAACGCCGUCUAGCGGCCAACCCUGUAGUUGCUAGCGAUCGCUUUCGCGCCGGCUUCACUCAGUGCGCCCGCGAAGUGUCUGUCGCUUUGGCCGCUAUUCCCGGAGUUGAUGUUUCGCUCGGCACUCGACUCAUGACCCACCUCGGCCACGCUUUGAACGGCCUGGAUGCUCCUACUCCUACUCCGUUGGCUUCUUCCACUCCAAACACCACUGCUCUUCCCGUCCGAUCAUACAGUCCACCCGAUUCGCCCGUCUCCAUCACCGACGCUCACGAACUCCAACAACAGACCAUGUGCUGGCGGCCAGAAUCACCACUGUCCAGCGGCUAUGGCAGCGAUACCAAUGCCAUGGAACGCCCGUCUUCCAAGACUUCAUCCAGCAGCUCUGUCUGGCGGCCGUGGUAGAUUGUUCUUCAUCUUCAUAUCAUCAUCAAUCGGGGCGCUGUGAUAGACCAUCAUUUGUUUCAUCAUUCUCUUCAAUCAUUUCUUUUAUUGAACAAGUUGUUCUCUCACUGACGUCAAAAGUCUUUCAA